AUGGAGAUCGAGGAAAACUUCUCAACUGUCGACACAGAAAGCAAAAUGACCUCCAUGGCUUACACUAUUUUUAAUGAACUGAGAUUGGAGGGCAAGCUGUGUGACGUUGUCAUCAAAGCCAGCGGUGUGGAAUUCAGUGCCCAUAAGAACAUCCUAUGCGGAUGCAGUGCAUAUUUUAGAGCAUUGUUCACAGGUAGCUGGAAAAACAGUGAGGAGAAAGUAUAUGACAUCGCUGGUGUAUCUCCAGACACAAUGAAAUUAGUCUUACAGUAUGCCUACACCUGGACAGUCCCAAUCAACCCUGAAAAUGUGGAAAAUCUCUUUAUUGCGGCAGACUUUUUCAACAUUCUAGGGCUUCUACGUAUUUGCUCUGAUUUCCUGAAAAACCAACUGUGCCCACAAAAUUGUAUUGGUAUCUAUAGGUUCACAGAAUAUUAUUAUUGCCCUGAGCUCCAUCAGGAGGCAUACAUGUACAUCUUACAAAACUUUGAAAAUAUAUUGAAAAUCUCAGAUGAGUUCCUUGAUCUGUCAGCUACGGACCUUAAAGGCAUUUUAGAGAAAGAUGAACUGAACAUUAAACAGGAAGAAUUUGCAUUUGAAGCUAUUACCAAGUGGAUCAAACAUAACCCUUCAAGCCGGAAACAGUAUAUCUCAAUUCUUCUUUCAGAGGUUCGCUUUGCAUUCAUGGAUGAUGACUACUUCAAAUACAAUGUUAAAACAAACAACUAUGUAAGCGAGAAUGAAGAGUGCAAGCCUAUCAUCAUUAAUGGUUUAAAAGCUAUUUAUGACCUUAAUAUAAAUGGCCCCUCAAAUGUGGAUUUGAUAAACCCAAUGAACAGACCUCGUCUUCCUUAUGCAGUCUUGUUUGCUAUAGGUGGUUGGAGUGGAGGUAGUCCCACAAAUGCUAUUGAGUGCUAUGAUUCCCGUGCCGACCAGUGGGUCAAUAUUAUAAAUGAAGAUUUAAGUCCAAGAGCGUACCAUGGAACAGCAUAUUUUAAGGAGCAUGUGUAUAUUAUUGGUGGAUUUGAUAGUGUGGACUAUUUUAGCAGUGUAAUAAGUUUUAACCCAAUUAAGAAAACAUGGCAGCAAGUAGCACCCAUGCAUUCAAAAAGAUGUUAUAUCAGUGUCACUAUUCUGGAUGGAAAUAUCUAUGCAAUGGGAGGCUUUGAUGGCCACUUUCGUCUGAACACUGCUGAACGGUAUGACCCAGAAAACAACCAGUGGACUUUGAUUGACCCUAUGAAUGAGCAGAGGAGUGAUGCCAGUGCCACCACACUUAAUGACAAGAUUUACAUCUGCGGAGGAUUCAAUGGUAAUGAGUGCCUAUUCACUGCUGAGAUGUACAGCCUUGAUACCAAACAGUGGACUACAAUCUCUCCAAUGUGGAGCCGGCGUAGUGGUGUGGGAGUUAUUGCCUAUAGAGAAAAAGUAUAUGUGGUUGGAGGUUUUGAUGGAGCUAAUCGCCUGAGAAGUGUUGAGGCUUACAGCCCUGUCAACAACACUUGGCACGUGGUGACUCCUAUGGUCACACCUCGAAGCAACUUUGGAAUUGAAGUACUAGAUGACCUUCUUUUUGCUGUAGGAGGUUUUAAUGGAUUUACCACCACAUUCAAUGUUGAAUGCUAUGAUGAAACAACAGAUGAGUGGUAUGAUGUCCAUGGCAUGAACGUUUACCGUAGUGCUUUAAGUUGUUGUGUGGUAGCUGGUCUCCCCAACAUCCGACACUAUGCAGCUUCCCGAGACAUCCAAUCCAGAGAUGAGAUUAGAUCUUCCACCUCCACAAGUUCACUGCCAAUAUGA